AAAAGAUCUAAAUUAAGAAAUAAAUACUGCCGGGAUUAAGUCUGUGCAGUAUUUCGGAAAGUUUAUAAAUGAAGACUCAAAUAAUGUUUUAGCUUUUAUAGCUCAUCAUUUGCAACCAUAUGUGUAUUAUUAAAGUUUAUUUAUUAUUAAGUUGAAAUGUUGCGAAGGGAUAAACGUUAUCAAAUCAAAAAUGCCAUGUUAGAUGCAAGUCAUGGAAAAGUUUCAAUAGAAGAUUUCGAGCUUCUUAAAGUUCUUGGCACUGGAGCUUAUGGAAAAGUAUUUUUGGUUCGUCGCAAAGGUGGAAAUGGCAAUGGAAAAUUAUUUGCUAUGAAGGUAUUGAAAAAGUCAGCUGUUGUUGCAAAAGCAAAAACAACUGAGCAUACAAUUACUGAGCGAAAUGUGCUUGAGGCUGUUCGAAGGUGUCCAUUUAUAGUUACAAUGCAUUAUGCUUUUCAAACAGAAGCAAAACUCCAUAUCAUUAUGGAUUAUGUAAGUGGUGGAGAAUUGUUUACGCACUUAUACAAUCGUGCACACUUCACAGAAAAUGAGGCGAAGUUUUAUACAGCAGAAGUUGUUAUAGCUUUGGAGUUUUUACAUAAGCUUGGUGUGAUCUAUAGAGAUAUCAAACUUGAAAAUAUUCUUUUGGAUGGUGAUGGUCACAUCGUGUUGACUGAUUUUGGUCUAAGUAAAGAAUUUCAUCACUUACACGAAAAUGUUGAUGAACGCGCUUAUUCGUUUUGUGGUACAAUAGAGUACAUGGCACCUGAAAUUGUAAAUGGAGAUAAAAAUGGUCAUGGAAUGGCCGUUGAUUGGUGGAGUUUAGGUGUUUUAUUUUAUGAGCUUGUUACCGGAGCAUCACCCUUUACUGUGGAAGGUGAGCAAAACAGCCAGCGAGAGAUUUCUUGGCGAAUAUUAAAUAUUGAUCCUCCAAUGCCUAAAGUAAUAUCUAAGUUUGCUCAAGAUUUUAUUUGGAGACUUCUUCAAAAAAAUCCUGCUAAAAGGCUUGGCAAUGGCCCCAAUAAUGUAACAGAAAUUAAGCGACAUCCUUUAUUUUUUGGUAUUGACUGGGAUUUAUUAUCACGGAAAGAAUUAGCUCCACCAUUUAAACCAAUUGUUAAGGACGAUACAGACACAAGUAAUUUUUCUGAAGAGUUUACAAAGCUGAUGCCAGUUGAUUCUCCAGCUGUUGUACCAAAAAAUGCUGACAAAGUUUUUCGAGGAUACUCAUUUGUUGCUCCUUCAAUAAUAUUUGGGAAAAACAGUUUUGCGGAUGAAUUGUUUUUGAGUGAAGCCAAUCAACCUGUAGAUAAUUUAAUUUAUAGAAAUUUGUUUGAGGCAUCAAGUUUUCAUAAAGAAUAUUUACUAUCACAUGAUAUUUUGGGAAAGGGAAGUUUUUCUAUUUGCAAAAAAUGCAUCAAACGUUCAACCAAUAAUGAAUAUGCCGUGAAGAUUAUGACAAAACGCUUUGAUCAUUCUUGUGAAGUUCAGUCAUUAAGACUUUGUCAAAAUCAUCCAAAUGUUGUUCAGCUUCAUGAAAUACAUGAAGAUGAGUUUCAUAUUUAUUUGGUAAUGGAGUUUCUUAGAGGAGGGGAGCUUCUUGAUCGUAUUAAAAAGAAAACAACCUUUUCUGAAAGUGAAGCAUGCUCUAUAAUGCGUAAACUUGUAUCUGUUGUAAGUUUCAUGCACAAUGUUGGUGUUGUGCAUAGAGAUUUGAAGCCAGAGAAUAUAUUAUUUGCUGAUUCUUCUGAUCCAGCUGAAUUAAAACUUGUAGAUUUUGGAUUUGCACGAAUUCAUGGAAACAAUCCACUACAAACACCAUGUUUUACGCUAACAUAUGCUGCUCCAGAAAUUCUACGUAAUGCUACAAGUAAUCAGACAGCUACAUAUGACAACUCUGUUGAUAUUUGGAGUCUUGGAGUAAUUUUGUACACUAUGUUAUCAGGAAAAGUUCCUUUUCAACCAAAGAAUUACACAAAUGAAUCAGUAAUUUCAAUGAUCAAGAGAAUUAUGUCUGGUAAUAUUUCUUUUGAUAGUUAUGAGUGGCAUGGUGUUUCAACAUCUGCAAAACAUUUAAUAAAAGGACUUCUCAUGGUUGAUCCAAGUAAAAGAUUAACAAUUAAUGAUAUUCUUCAGCAUGAAUGGUUAACAGGGCGUGUUGAUGUUCCAUCUACACCAUUAUUGACUCCAGGAGUUUUAGGAAGUUCAAGAAAUCAAAUUGAAAAAGCGUUUAAAGUUGCGCUUAAUGCUUUCCACAAAGUCCACACUGUGACACUAAUGGAUGUUGCAAGCGCACCCUUAGCAAAGCGAAGAAAAUUAAAGCACUCUAAUGAAAAUAGUUCUCCAGGUAGUUCUUCUGGUUCUGACAAAGAAAGAUCACUUGACGAUAUUCCAAUUUGUAUGAACAAAGAAAUAUCUUGUAAAAGAAAAAUACAACAGCAUGAAAGCUCAUGUAAAAAAGCAAAACAAGAAAUUAAUGAAAAUUUACAUCAUAAGUUUGAUAAAGAAUCUCUAAUGGUUUUCUCAACUAGUGAUAGUAAAACUGCAUGCAAUUUUUCUGAUGAAACAGAGAAUUUUCAGUCACAAUAUAGUCAUUCUUCUGAUUUUCAUUUAUAAUAAAGUUUAUUCUUUUUUAAAAAAAGUUGAAUAAUUGUUUAAAUUAAAUUUUUUUAUUUUUUUCAGUUUUAUAUAUGAAUAUGUG